CGACGGCAGGGUUGGGCUGUUGUCGGAAGGGUGGAGGUGUCAGGCGCCAGUCGCUACGCGGACGCUGAGCUCGGGAUUUCCCUCGUCUUCGCGAUAUAGAGCUCUAUUUUCAGUAUCUAUCUAUCUAUCUAUCUAUUUAUCUCUCUCUCUCUCUCUCUCUUUCUAUUUUGCUCUUUCCACCCCAUCGCCCCUCUAGAAGCAGUGCGUGUGAAUGCGCGCGCGCGCUCCCCACGUUUUCACCCUCUCCAUUUCAUAUCAUCUUUUCUCCUUUCUUCCUUUUUUCUUUCCCUCUUCUUGUUGUUCAUUUCCUUUUCUUUCAUUUUCGUUCCUAUUCCAUCGUGAAGCAACCUUUUAUGCAUGCGCCGUUUUUUUUCCAGUUGACAAUCGAAGAAACGAAAUACACACCCCUCGAAAAUAUCAUUCAAGUCCAGACGCAACCCUCUUUCCAUAUACAUCCCGGAGUUCUUACCCGCUUGAUUCGUCCUAGUCGUAGGGUGAGGGUUGUAGGAGCGAGACACUUAGAGAAAGAGAGACAGAGAAUCGAGUUAUAGAAGGGGAAUCGAGAUAGGGAGAGAGAGAGAGAGAGAGAGAGAGAGACCGAGUAAGGGUUCGGGUGGUGGGGAGGAUCGUAAGUUCGCGAGAGUUCAGUAGAACGCGUGUGAUCGAGAGUCGCGGUCGCGCGGGACAUUUUCUUUUUCUUAUUUCGUGUUUUCGCGUGUCUUUUUAUAAGAAAGUGAUGAUAAGAGAGUUCUCUUCUUCGAAGAUCGUGAAAGGAUAGAGUGAUCGAUUCGAAAGUACAGUAAUUCAUCGAAGGUGGUUUCGAGAGAGGAUAAAGAGGGAGCUGUACGAAGAGAGAAAGAGAGAGAAAGAGAAAGAGAGAGAGAGAGAGAGAGAGAAAGAGGAGGAAGUGAAGAGGAGUAGAAGGAGGGGGAGGAGGAGAAGAAGGAUCAUGGAGAAGAAUGGAUCGAGAUUGUGAUGUUACUUGCGAGGGAAUAUACGAUUAAAAAUAAUAACGGAGGUGGCAUAGGUGUAAUAUGUAGAUAAGAAUAAAAAGAGGGAAAGGAAAAACAGUUUGGGCGAUAUCAGAAAGAGGACAUCGAGGAUCGGCAGUGAAAGAAAAAUAAGGAAGAUAAGAGAAAAGGAUCUUAGGUGGGUUUUAUGAAAAGGCGAAAAAUGCGAUAGAGAUUGGUGAAUGGUCGAUGAAGCAUCAUCAUGUGCUCGAGUGUAAGAGCUUGGUGGUGGAGGGGAGCUCUCUUGGGCACGAUGAUGCUCGCUUGGACUUGUAUCGUCGAGGGUUGCCCGAGUAUGUGUGCCUGCAAGUGGAAGGGUGGAAAGGAGUGGGUGGAGUGUGCGAAUCGAGAUCUAAAGGGACUACCACAGGGUGCCGGAGAGGAGACUCAGGUGUUGGAUCUGUCGGACAAUCACCUGGUCAGUUUACCACCGGAAUGCUUUCACGCUUUGGGACUGAUCAAUCUUCAGCGACUCUAUCUCGGUAGAUCGCAUAUCAGUAGAAUAGCCGUGAGAGCGUUCGAAGGGUUGGUCGGACUAGUUGAGUUGGAUCUGACAGAAAAUCUGAUCGACGAGAUACCAACGGAAAGCUUUUCGUCUUGCCCGAAUCUCAUGAGGCUGACGUUGAACGGUAAUCCUAUAGUGGAGAUCAAAAGGGGCGCCUUUCAUCGUCUGGUACAUCUGACGAAUCUGGAGUUGAGCCAUUGCAGACUUGAGAUCAUCGAAGAAGGUGCCUUCGAUGGUUUGCAUUCCCUCGAAUGGUUACGUCUGGAUGGUAAUCGAUUGACGUACAUGCCAAAUCAUACCUUACCACUCGGUGGUAGCUUUCGAGGAUUGACAUUACACAAUAAUCCUUGGUUGUGCGACUGUGGCUUGAGAAUUCUGCAGGCUUGGCUGAAGGAAUCAGCACCGGCAGCUCCUCAGGAAUCUGAACCUAUUUGCGAUAUGCCAGUUCGUUUACGAGAUAGACAGAUAAAAACGUUAAAGGACAACGAGCUAGCGUGCCUACCGCGGAUCGAGUUGCAGGAACGUGUCGACGUAUACGAGGGUAGCAACGUGACAUUCCAAUGCAACGUCCAUGCUAUACCGGCAGCUACGAUCACGUGGUGGUUCAACGGAGAUAUCUGCGAGCUUCAGAAUGAGAAUGAUUCCUCGACGUUGAAUUUCUUAACUUUUCCAAGAUACAUCUAUAGGCAACGUGGCUCGACCAACAUGUCGAGCACUCUGUACGUAUACUCGGUGGAGGCUAACAACGACGGCGUCUAUAGUUGCGUCGCAGAGAACACUGCUGGUACUACUGGCGCUAACGUUACCCUGAAGGUUCUGUUCCGUGAAAAGGUAACCGCGGAACCUCCAUCGGACGAUCCAGGUUCCGGUUAUGUAGCAGCGAUAGCUGCUGGCGCGCUAGUAGGCACUCUCUUCGUUCUUGGCUGCGUGGUCGGUAGUAUUGUAUUUUGCGUGCGGAAACGUCGACGCGAUCGGAAGAGGAAUUCCAAGGCAUUGGUCUCGCAAAACAAAUCGGUGAUGCCUAUCACGAAGGAUACAACGACGAGUCUGCCAAGUUGUAGAAAGGGUAAUGGCAGUUUGGUUGGUUUCGAACAUCAACAGAUCGUAUCUUACACUGAACGCGAAAUUGGCAGAGCUGCGACCUUGGAACGAAGAGAACAACGUGGUGGUAAUUUGGAAGAGUCCUAUGGUAGUCCGGUAUCAAAGUAUCUAACAGAACCGGACUUGAUAAAUGAAGUUCCUGAAACCACGGACGUGACCUAUGGCCAAUUAUACCGUCAUCAGACAAACGAGAGGCACGUACUCGAAUACGACUCUGGUUAUCCGAUACAACCACCGGACUUACGUCCGUCGAAUAUACCGCAAUUGAGUUACUUGGAUCAGGAUGGAUAUCCUUUGAACUUUGGCCUGCCAAAGAUCUCGUUCAAUAACGCGAGUACGCUUCCUCGUUUAAGGACAAGAAUGGCAGAGGGUUCGGCCGUUGCCCCACCGGCUAGAUACUCGAGAGAAGCUGAGUUCUUAGCUAGAUCGACGGCAGGUUAUGAUCCAGUUUUACCUAGGACCGAUGCUAGAUACACUGCCGAAGGUUAUCCGUACCCUCCUCAUCAACCAGUUGAACAACCAAUACAGCAGCAGCUUCAACAACCCGUCGUCUCGCCCGUCGUCUCGCCCGUUGUCUCGCCAGCCUCAGUUUUUCCAGAGGUUCCUUUCAUACCGUCACCACCUGCUGCUUACAGAGGCGAAACCACACCACUAUCACCGAGAUCUUUACUCGGCAAGACUGCACGUGAAGCAGCCGCUGCUGCUGCGGCCAGGGCGGACGAACUUCAGCCACCUCAUCAUCCAGAAAGUCCGGACGAAGGUUACGUUGGCGAUGCCAUGGACGUUUGAAAAUUAUCACGAAUUUCAUCGUGCCCAAUUGAUCGAUACAAAAAACGGUAAAGACGGUGGGAUCGAUUUAUAUUUCAUUCGGAUGACCAAAUCUCUCGUUCCAAAUGUUCCGCUACUCUGUGCUUCCAUCAUCGAUUUUUGUUGGUUGUUUUCUUUCAAUUCCAAAUGACGAGUAAAACAGUCGAAAAGGAAAAUGGAAAAAGAAAAAGAAGGGAACUAUGAUCGAUCGAUCCGAAAGAAUAGCCAUACGAAGUAUUAAUAAUCGUUUCUAUCGUUGGACCAUUUAAACUCAUUUUGAUCGACAUCGAAAUAAACGAAGAUCGAGCUGUGGAUUUAUGUGUUCGAUUUAAAGACAUUUCAUCCACAUAUCGUGUAGUAAAUUUUGUGGGGGCAACAUCGUGCUAUUACUUCGUACACUCACAGCUCUCUAUCAUCCAUCGUCUUUCUAUAUCCUUCGAAAUGGGUCGACGUCGUCGUUGACAUAGUCGUUCUCGGCCAUCGAAAUGGGCGUUAAGACGACAUCGAAUCGGAGGAAGCAUAGAGGAAGCUCGAACAAAGGAGGAAUCCCACUGUCGGUACCGGUCCUACGAAAUUAAUCAGCUAGGAGAGAGAAUAUCUGGAAUUCUCGGACUACGACGACGACGACGACGACAUGUCUCUCUCUCUCUCUCUCUCCCUCUCUCUCUUUCUCUCUCUCUCUCUUUCUCUCUCUCUCUCUCUCUUUCUCUUUCUCUUUCUCUCUCUCAUGUGAGAUCAUAAUUUCUUGUCGUAGACACGUCUCUUGACGUUCGUUGCAGAAUGCUUCGAAUCGAAUAAUAAUAAUCGGUCGACGUAAAUCUCUACGUCAAUCCUCACAUGGCCCCAUAGAUCCUCUUCGGCCCCUUUAAGGAACGGGAAUCUAUUCGUAAAUCAUUCAACGAAUAAUUAUCGUUCGACGAUCAAAAAGUCAACUGUGAAACAGAUUAUAAUAAUUUCUCUGACAAAUGACAGAGAAAUAUGUGCGACGUAUAUAUAUAUAUAUAUAUAUAUACUUUCGACGAGAUGAUUUGAAAAACAAAGAGAUAGAUAGAGAGGUGGUUAACGAUAAGAGAAAGAUCAACGACCUAACAAGUAAUUAUCUACACGACACUGUACGUACAUACGUAUAUACGUGAAAUUCGUUCGAUCGCAAAACUUUUCACCAUCCUCUUCACCCUCGUCUCACCCCAUCGAUAACUUCACCUUUUUUAGACGUACUAAGUAAACCAAUACGAUUAAUGGAACUUCGAGACAUUUUCUGGGACGAAAAAAGAAAAAGAAAAUAAAGAAAAAAAAAAGGAAGAAGAAGAAGAAGAAGCAGGGAUUUUGCGGAUGUAGUCAUUCUGCUGUAGUGAUAAUAAUGUUAACUCGGUGUUUAAGACUGCCGGAUUGAAGGUAACGUCGAAUUAACAGGACGAUAGAUAUUACUGGUGGUUACUUUAAAUAUCUAAUGUACAGAGACUGUCGGGUAUACAUAUAAUAUGUACGUGUAUUAUACACACAUACGUAUAUAUAUAUAUAUAUAUAUAUAUAUAUAUAUAUAUAUAUAUAUAUAUAUAUAUAUAUAUAUAAUUAACGCGAUGAAACUUUUGAACGGUGAAAGUAGUUAUUUUUUAAAAAGGAAAGAAUCAUCGAGCCAAUUCUACGAUUUUUUCUUUAAUGGACGUCUUGAAAAAAUUUGUAUAAAAACGUUCGACGCGAAGGACAUUCGAGAGAAUAAUAUAAUAACGCGAAUUCGUGAUUAUGGGUACUAUGCCUAAUUAAAAAUUGUCUUUAUCCGUGUGGAAUAAUCGUCUCGUUAAAUAAUUAACUCGAAUGUCCACGCAAUAAAUUAACGUAACGUACAUUAGAAAGAAGAAGUUUAAUGUAUAAUCGAUAAGGAAUCAUCUAGUAACGAAGGAAACUGGAGGUGUGUUCGAGAUAAAAAGAAGAAAAGAAAGGAGUGUGAGAGUGUGAGUGUGCGCAUUGAUUACAAGACGAUAUCGGACUUUAUAUAUACAUUUAUGUAUGUAUAUAUAUAUAUAUAUAUAUAUAUAUAUAUAUAUAUGUGUAUGUAUAUCAUCGAAAUAAGAAGAAAAAACACCCUAUCUACAUCGAGAAUCGACGUUCUAUUAUUUUUCGUCGGACAUUAAAACCAUUGAAACUUAAUUUUAUUCUUAAAGGACAUAUGCGACACACACGCACAAACACACACAAGUACAUACUGACACAUAUACACGGUCGUUCGAUUGAGAUCGUUCAAUACUUUGCGGUCCAUAAUUACUAUCGACGUUCCUUUUUCGUCAAUCAAUCGAUAUUAAUUUAUUAUCGGGUUUAUUUUAUUUACAAAUAUUGUAUUAAAAAAAAGUAAUUAUUUGUGAAGAAAAUAUUAUUUAAAUUUUUGCAAUUUUCAAAUUAAUAUAAUAAUUUCAAAAUGAACGUGUAUAUAGUAAUUCGCUAUAAGGUGUAUUAUAAUAAAGUGUGUUAAAUUAAAGUCAACAUUGGACCGCAAAGAAAAAUGAAAAUGUAAGCCUAACAUGACUUUUAUAGAAAAAAAAGAAAGAUCGAAAAAUUUGUAAAUUUCAUUUUUGUUAUAAAAGUUUGCCUAACGUAUAAUUUUCUUCUUCGUUAACCCAUUACCAAAGUCUCACAAUUCAUUAUAAAUUCGAAGAAAAGGGAGACGAAGUUUAUCUUAUUGUCAGACAUCGUCUCUUAUCUUUGACAUUUCCUCGAAUAUACGGAAAGUUGAGUUUGGUUUACGCAUUAUAGGAAAGAUCGAUCUACGUUCUCACGGCCGUUCUCGAGUUUAGUAAGUUUUUAAGUAAAUAGACAGAACGUUAUACGCGUGCACGCGCAGAAAGAGAACUUAGAAAGAGAAAAUCGGAAAGGGAGAUAGAGAUAGACAGAGAAAAAGAGAAUAUGUAUAUGUGUGUGAAAGAGAGAAAGGGAGAGAGAGAGAGAGAGAGAGAGAGAGAAAUAUAUAUAUUCACGUAUAGUGUCCUAUAAUAGACAUAUAUACGUGAAAAUCGCGCGCGUAGAUUCAACUCGAUAGAGACUCGAACGCGCGCGCGCGAGCGUGCGUUCUACAGGGUAAUAAGAGAUGGAAGUGUGUGUGAAUGUUAAGUUCCAUUGCGAAUGUAUAUGUAUAUUAUGACGUUAUAGGUGUUUGUAAACUCUGAUAUAAAGUGAAAGAGGACAAACGUGUAAAACGAAAAUCACGACACAAAAAAAGAACAUGGAUUUUUAUAGAUACUUAUGAACAUUAUCAUUUUCUUUUUUUCUCUCUCUCUCUCUCUCUCUCUCUCUUUUUUGAUGAUAUCGCCUAGAUUUAUAUUGUUUAUUUAUUUAUUUAUUUAUUUAUUUACUUAGUUUGUUAGUUCUGUAAAUUAUUUCGCUCGUUCACUUCUUUUUGAAUUUCUUCUUUUCUUUUUUUGCCAUCACGUACACGCACAAAUUUAUGCGCUCGUAUGUGCUGAUCGAUCGCACACAUAAAUGAAUAAAUAAAAUAGGAAGGAUGAAUGAAAAAUUGUUAAGAAAAAAAUUUUAUUGGAUUAUCGACUAGAAAAGACAAAGGUAAAAAGAAAAAAAAAAAGAAAGAAAAAUAUGUUUCUAGCGAGUUUUCUGGUAAAUUUGUUGCGAAAAUAGAACAUUAUUAGUCGAAAACGCUGAUUCGCGUAAAAUUAACUUGGCAAUUAACGUGGUAAAGAACGAGUCAUGGUACUUACGGAUUCCUACACGCGAAAUUUUUUCGCGUCCUGCGUUCCUUUUCUCUUUAUAUAUUUUUUCUCCCUUUUUUCCUCGUACAAAUGUACCCAUUUACAUAGAUCUUUGUUUUUCUUUUACAGUAUUCUCGUUGUAGAUUCCAAAAGUCGCUCACUGGCACUCUCUUCUGUACAUACGUACGUAUGUACGUACAGUCAAGAGAAAACAAGAGAGUUCACAUUUUUACGAGGACUGCCAUUUUAAGUACAUACGUCCAAACGAUUGUACACAUUAGCCCAUUUCGUAAAACGUGUCCUCAUGAUGAAGAGAGAGAGAAAGAGAGAGAGAGAGAGAGAGAGAGAGAGAGAGAGAGAGAGAGAGCUCAUUUCACGGCCCAUAUUUUUUAUCAUCUCUAACAGAAAAGAAUGAAAAGAAAAAAGAAAGAUUGUAAAGAAUUAAGAAUUUAAGGAGGAAAAAUGAAGAAUCAUGAAAAUUUUCAUUUCACGAGGACCAUUCGUUUUACAUAUCUAUAUAUAUUAUAUUUCCCUAUAUACGUUUGACCAUUUCGUUUAUUUCCCUUUUUGUUAAAAAUCCUCUCCCUUUCUUCAGAAAAAGGAUAUUUGUCCUCAAGCUUGCUCGCACCGGUCUGUUUGAAAAAUUUACAAGAAUCUACCUAGAGAAAAGUAGUUGUCGCUUCACAUGGGAUUUCUCAUCCCUAUUCUAUGCAAACGAAAGAAAGGCAAUAUCUAUUUUUACAACAAUCUUCUCGUUACGUGAUCGGUUUCACUCGUCUUCUAGUAUUUCUUCUAUUCUUUUCUAUCCUUUUUCCUUUCUAUCUCUUUCCUCGUACAAGUAUACUCGUUCGUGCAACUUCUUACAUUCUUCUUACUUCCCUCCUUCCACUUUUCGUCUUUCUUAUCUCAAAAUCGGUUGAAGUUACUCAUCCCGUAUAUUCAAAGUUUUCCCACAUUUUACGAAUAAUGAGUAACGAAUGACGAGAAAAGUUUUGUUCGUGAAUGAGUAUUACUUUUUUUCUUCUUUCUUUUUUUCCCCCUUGGUCCCUAUAGUAAUUAUGAACUCAAAUCGAAAAAUCUGUUCAAACGAUCACGGUAUUACUUAUUUAAAAUGGUUCGUAAUAAUUUUUCGAAAGGAUAGAAAAAAGAAGAAGUAUAAAAAUGAAGCAAACAAAAUCUUAUUAAGAGUAACAAAAUUAUUCAAUAAAAAUUUUAUCGGGAAUUAAUGUCGAAAUCAUUCCGUCUAGAUGUGAAUCUGAUUUACACGGUAAAAUGGAUAAAAUUCGAUAUGUUUCAUGACACCUAAAUAAAGCUGAAAAAAGAAAGUGUAAUUCACUUGAUCGAUUUAUCAUUUUCCAUAGGUCGAAUAUCGCGUGUUGAUACCAACGAGAAUACGGAAUCCUCGUAAAGUCCUCUACAUAACUGAUUGAAUUGGGAAUACUUUUACCUAUAGAUAUAUACAUAUAGACAUUCUCGUUAACGAUAACUUAUCGUUCCCGGACUGGCCGGUAUUAAUUAUUAGGGAGUGCGCGACGAUUAUAUGCGCGCAAGCCACGAGAAUUUAAUUAAUACCUGGCCAACCGAGCAAACUCACACGUACUUAUAUACAUACAUAUAUAUAUAUAUAUAUAUAUAUAUAUACAUAGGUACAUAUAUGUUAUAUAUAUAAUAUAUAUAAUAUAUAUAAUAUAUAUAAUAUAUAAUAUAUAUAUAUAUAUAUAUGUGUGUGUAAUAUACAUUCUCUUUCUCUCUCCUAGUGUCUCUCUCUUACAUACGUAUACAUAUCGAGCAGAAUUUCGCUUAACAAUGGCGUCGAAAGCACCUGCGAGCAUCCUCGCUCGAAUUCCAAGCUCUCCUUUUUCUUCCCUUUCUCAACCUUCUCACAAAAUUUACGUGCCUACCCCGAAAGAAUAAGGGCGUUGGUGGUAAAAGAGAAGAAGGGUUUAACUUUCCUACCUUUCUCUCUCUCUCUCUCUCUCUCUCUCCUUCAUUUCUCUCUUCUUUUUUUUUGGUCUAUUAUACCUUCCGUUUCCACCCACGUACGGCGAAUUACACUCGGUCAUUUGCGGUUAUCCUAAAAAUGUGUGUAUGUGAGUGUGAAAGAAAGAGAGAGAGGGAGAAAGAUAGCGCAUUCUUUUUUCUCUUAACAUUCCUUCCUUCUUUCCCAGCGGAGAGACGUUAAUUACAAGCAACAUGGCGUUGUACUUGCUCGUUGGUAACCUAAGUAUUCUGACCGCCAUUUUCAUAGCCAUUUUCUAAAACGCUGAUGUGGCUCUUCAAAAAUUUGAUGAGAAGGAGGACUACUUUUUACUCAUCCCUUUUUCCUCUCUUUUUAUCUUUAUCUGUUUCUUUUUGUUGUUUGAUAGUCCAAGAGAAAAGUUAUUAUGAAAAAUGGUCUUACUUUUUUUUUCUUUUUAGUACUUGUACAUUUUCGAGAACUCCCUUCUCUUAUUUAUGGUAAAUUAUUAAAGGCCUUGUUCUUUUCUCUCCUAUGUUAAGGUCUUGUUCUAUCUAUUUCCUCGGUCCAUUUAUCAACUCAUCUAUCCUUCUCUCUUUUCAUCGAUUUACAAAGAUCGAAUACGCGACGCGUUACGCGAUCGACGCGAACGAGAAGAAGUGAAGGAGACGAAGGAGAAGGAGAAUCAAUUUAUCGUUUCUCCGUUCUCGAAUAUAUCGACGCGCGAUAUCUCUAUUUUUCUUCGUCCCUGAAAUGGAUACUGCCGCUAGAGAUCUUUUUCUAAGAGAGCGAGAGAUCGUUCGAUCGAUCGAUCGCGAUAAAACGACAGCGAAUCCUCCACACAUUUCGAUAUUUCAUCCCUUUUAUUUCUUCGGUAUCAAAUUAUUUCUUCGAUACGUCGUUUAUCUCUUUUUUUUUUCUUUUUCCUCUCUCUCUCUCUCUCUCUCUCUCUCUCUUACUUUUAUUUUGAAAUCGUCAAUUUGACGAUUCGAUUAUGCAUUUAUUCGAGUGAGUUCUCGACGAAUUUUAAAUUCACUAAGAGAGCUCCGUAAUGCGAGUGUGUUUAAUUAUACCGAAAUGACGAACGCACGCUCGUUUUCUAAUUACGUUAUAACAUCAUGUUUUAUUCUAUAGCUUUUACUCUGCAUGCAAUUAAUAUAAUAUUAAUACGUUUUUCAAUACAGAAGUCGAGCUUGUGUCAAAUAUUCGUCGACAAAAUUUUUCUUUCUCUCUUAACUCUAUAUUUUAUAAUUUGUACUUAUUAAUUUUAGUAAGAGAAAAUAUUUAAUAUAUAAUAUUUUUUAAACUAUUAGAAGUAUUGAAAAAGAAAAUGUAACUCGUAUAUAAAUUUAUCUCGAAACGAGAUAUAAAAGAAGCGUAGACAAAAAAAGCUCAUGGACCUUUCGAUUUUCGAAUCGAUUGCCGUUCCGAUUUCUCUCUACCAUGAAAAUGUGCUUUUUUUCUGAUCAGUCAGGAUAUACGCGCGCGCGUCCACGCAAUGGGUACACACAAACACGCACACGCACGCACGCACGUACACGUAUAUUCGCACGUACAUAUGUAAGUACGUCGAUAUUUCCAACUGAAUUCAUAUAACUCAAUGCGAGCGUACGAAUAAAAAAAAAUACACGAAUACAUACAUAAAAGAUACAUACUUCACGUGCUCACACACACAUACAUAAACACACACGCCUACAUAAACAUACAUAUAAUAACAUGUACACACAUUACAUACGAUGUUCCGUACGAUCGAGCAAUACGAUUUGUAUUACCGUGUAUAACGUAAUGUAUUCGAUUCUGCACAUGUCGUACAUACUUUGGAUGUAGCGAAGGAUUUUUCACGACUGAUAUGAGAUUAAAGAAUAAAAAUAGCUUUUGUAUUAA